UCAGAUGGUUGGUGGCUGCAAGGUUUGAAGUUCUCUACUCUAGACACAUUUCAAAAUUGUGAUAGCAAAUUAAUCUUAAAAACAUUCUUUUCCCUUUCCAUGGAAUAUUCUGAAGUGUCUAGAAAACGUGUGGUGUUCAUAAAAGCGACAGAAGACAGUGAUGGCGUGUAGACAGUGGAUAUUAUGUUGCGCUGCUCUGCUCACUGCAGUUGGUUAUUCAGCUCUGGAAAUCGAAAACUGUCCAUCUGGAGAGAGAAAAGUCCUUGAAUACACAACUGUGAGAGUAGCCUGCGGUCAGUGCAAAGAUUCGAUGGCUUGGUAUGUUGGUGAUGACAAAGACAAGAAAUACGUCGGCAACUGCACGGAAACAAACUGUGAAGUUCAAGAUAAGUCUCCCUUUAAUUUAAAAGCCAACAAACCAACUAAUCCAUACCACAGUACUCUAAUUAUUUUAAACAUUUCAAGAAUGGACGAAAUCGUCGUUUCGUGCAAGUGUGACGAAUUAAACAACAAAGACAGUAAAUCGUGCAAGCUGAUAAUUAAAGUUCCAAUCAGCAUAGUUCCAGGAAGUUGCAGUGUGCAUCUGUCAGGCUCGAAGGUUUAUGGUGUGUGUACAAUUCAGUGGCUGCAUCAUCGAGAUAAUAAUACUUUUAUGUGCAAUUGGCGCUUAACUUACAAGAAUAAAACACAGGACAUACCUCAUUUCCAAGACCCUACAACAUCUACCACUCACGAUUUUGAUCGUUACAAAAGAAGAAGCUGCAAGUUUGUGGCCGAGAUGCCUGGUGAUGAGGGUGAUUAUACCUACAGCAUCCGAGUGUCUUCACAUCCAGAAAAUCACUUCUCAAAGACAUUUUACAUUGGCAGCCCACAGACUCACAGGACUGGAGUAUCAUACGGCAUUGCUGCAGCAGCAGUCAUCUUGCCUCUCAUUGCAGCUGUUAUCAUUGUCUGUAUUGUCAAGCGACGAACAGACAUCAGAAAUUGGAAGACACAGACUCCGAGUGUAGGCUAUGCUGUGCCAUCAGACAAUCUGUACACCAUCGCCGCUACAACAAUAGAAAACCACGAUGAAGAUGAUUAUGUCACAUUGCCUGAGACAAUUGAAAACGAUGUUUGUGGACCGGGGAGCAGUAAGUCUCCUGAAGCUGGUACAGCAGCUCAACAGGCAAGUGAAGAAAGAAAAUCGUUGCCAUCGAAAAUAACAUCCAGCAGAGAUGAUUGCUAUACGAAUGUCACUGGAAUGCAAACGGGAUCUGGGUUUGGUAUACACGAGGGUCCUUUGAGACCAGGAUAUGGAGACCCGGAACCUGAUACAAGAGUAGAUUAUGCAGGAGUGGAUUCCGAAGACGAAUACAACAUCCUACAUGUUCAAGUGCAUUGUUCCACGCAUGAGGAUCACGACAACAACUACAGCCGUAUUCACCUUAAAUAACAUCUUUCUUCAUUUCUUUCUGAACGUCUGUUGAGGUCUACCAGAGUUGUGUCUCUGUGUAGUACCUCGAUGAACUAAAAACCACUGUUGUGAAA